GGGGGCGGCGGCGGCAGAACGGGCCCGGGGCAGCGCCAUGGAGAGCGCGAACCAGGAUAUCAACCUUAACUCUCCCAACAAAGGUCUGCUGGCGGAUGCCAUGACAGAUGUUCCCGUGGAUAACGCGGCCCGGGGCGCUGCCCCCGAGGGAUUGACUCUGGCCGAGGAGGAGGAGCUGAGAGCCGAGCUCGCCAAGGUUGAAGAAGAAAUUGGUACUCUCAGACAAGUUCUGGCUGCCAAAGAGAGGCACUGUGGAGAGCUGAAGAGGAAGCUGGGUCUGACACCCUUGGAUGGGCUAAAGCAAAACCUGUCCAAAAGCUGGCAUGAUGUCCAAGUCUCCAACGCUUAUGUGAAAACAUCUGAGAAACUUGGAGAGUGGAAUGACAAAGUGACACAGUCUGACUUAUAUCUUUCAGCCAGCAGCACACUGGAGGACUGGAAUGAAAAAUUAACUCAAUCAGAAGCUUACAAGAAGACCCAGGAAACCCUUUCCCAGGCAGGACAGAAGACUUCAGCAGCCCUUUCCAAUGUAGGUUCUGUUAUCAGCAGGAAGCUUGGUGACAUGAGGAAUUCUGCAACCUUCAAGUCCUUUGAAGAUAGAGUUGGGACCAUAAAGACUAGUAUUCGGGCAAAUGGCCUCUCAGAUAUGUGAAGUCUUGGCUACAGUAGGUGACCUCGACAAGGGGGAAUUGACUUGGUAUUCCCAGUGCUGCUUUCUUGUUGUCCUCACUCUCUUCUCUCCUUCCAGUCCCGAGUGGUGGGCAGCAGGGAAAACAGCACUGAUGGCCUCCACUCCCCCUCUGGAGCUGGGGACAAGCCUCCACAAGACAACGCUCCCUUCUAGACCUGGAUGUGGCUUUGCACAGCUGUGCACAACUGGAAGAACCCCCUCCCUCCCAAACCUUCACCACAGCAACAACAUGCAAAUCCAAGAAGGGGCUGAGAGCCAGUCUGGAGACAUCCAUCCUUCAUUCAUAGACACUGCUGCUGGAGCCAAGUCAAAUAAAGAGAAUGCAAAGUUUUGUACACAAAUAAUAUUUUACACUAAAGUUUGUAGAUUAAAUGUAUCACUGCUGUCCUUUUGGGAGAGCAUGUAAGCUGGAGUUUCCUUAAAGUAGCUCAGAAAUGCCACUGCUGUGGAUGAAAAGACUUUUCCCUUGUCUGACAUAGCUUGGAGCAGCUACAUGGCCCUGAGCAGCAUGAAGAAGGCAGUAACUGGAGAAGCCAAGUGCAUGGGCACCUUAGCUUCAGCUUCUGGCUCUGUUUGUGUGGGGUACUCUGGGAGCUCCCAGGCUUCUCCUGUUACUGUUUUCUCUGGCUGUCAUUGGAGCUGUCAAGUAAAUGGGGUAAACAGUUGGGUUUUUUUCUGGGCUCCUAAAAGGUAAACUUCACUUAGCAGCUGCCUCGUUGUUACACUAAUGCUCUAGCUUUAACAAAACUAAGAAUCUUUAUUUUUAAAUGUAAUGAACUUUAAAGAAAUAAACUUUAAAGACAAAAAAAAAAAAAAAGCUUUGGCAUAUUAGGGCAAUGCUCCCUUGGACUCUGAAGUUGAAUUGCAAGCCUUACAUCACUUAUGCUUUACUUGUUUUGAUUUAUUUUCUGUAGAGGAGACUGCAAGGGUUCUAAAGCUGGUUGUUGAGCACUGGAGUUUUGCAUCAUGCAGUCAUAGCAGCAUGUUUAUAAAGCCAGUUCUUGUGUUAAAUUCAGUGGUGCACUCUGUUUCCCGAGUGUAUGAAACUUGCUUCUCCCUUCUCAGCUUAUCCCUUCGUUCUUGGAGGAGGAAUUUCUGAAGGCUGGAAUAUGGAUACCAUUGGAGGGACUCUGCUCUGCUCUCCGAGGACUCCUCCAGCUGGUACAUCUGGCUGUGACUGGAUGGGUUUCUCAGUUGAAAGCCCCAGCUCUAAUUUUGGUUUACAAAACUGGCAAAGAGUCAUGGAGCUCACCCAGUCCCUCCAGGGGCUGGAUGUUUUGCUCUUUUGAUGUCCAGGUUCAUUGCUCAGGAGCUGACAAAUUCCAAGUUUUCUCCUAGAGGCCUGAUCUUAUUCUAGGCAAGGUGCCUCCACAUAGAAAUACCUAGAGUGAGCAAUUCUGUGCCUUAGAGGCGAAGUGGGACUUACUCAGGUCUUUAAACUUAUGUACAUAUCUGGGUAGUUUUAGUGGUUUAUCACUCCAGAGGGACUGAACUGCCUCUGACCCUUUAGAGAAGCAAGUUUUGACACUGAUUUGAUUAAUCUCCAUUUCCCCCCACCCCUCCCUCUGCAGACCUGGGGACGUGGGAUGAGAUGUUAGUGGGCAGAUGUACUAGGCCAUAGGUGGAGUGUAGAGUGUUGUUCACGGGUACUCCUCAUUUGACUGGAACUGGUCUCCCUGUGAGGAACAGAGCCAGUGAAAUGGGGACUGCUGGAGCUUGGGUAUGGAACUGUUUCUCUUUAAAAUAAAGACUGAGAAAACUUGUCAAUAAAGAAUU